AUGGAAGAAUUACAACAGAAAUACAACACACUCCUAUUGAAGGAAGAGUACCACCAGCAAGAGGUGGACUACCUGCUGGAAACUGCUAAAGAGUGGGAAACGGACAAUGCGAAUCUGGAGAAACAACUUGUUGAAGAAAGAAGCAAAGUGCGAAAAAUGGAAGAGGAACAUGGAGUCGUUUUGAAUCUUCUACGAAAGAAGAAAGAUGCUGUAUAUUGGAAGGAAGAGCUGGAAAGAAUGGCGAAAGGUGAAAGAUUGAGUGUGAGAAAGGUUCAAACCGAACUCGAAAAUGAGAUCAAGCUUAUCGAACAAGAUGAUGAACAAUCGAUUUUACAAGCUGUAGGCCUUAUUGAUCAAAUUUUCAAGACUCGCAAGGAACGCGACAUCUUCGGAGAGCUCGAAGUACCUGCCGACAAGUUUUAUGGAGCCGGAACCGCCCGUUUACAAUGCCAAACGAGCUUCAAGAUCGGAAGUCCCGAAGAUCGUAUGCCGCUCCCAGUGAUUCAUGCUUUUGGUCUCCUCAAGAAGGCCGCCGCUCUCGUCAACACCGAGUUCGGACUCGACAAGAAACUCGCCGACGCUAUCAGCCAGGCCGCUGAUGAUGUUGUCAACGGAAAACUCGACGAUCACUUCCCACUUCUCGUCUGGCAUGCUUCUGCUUGGGAUACAAACGUCAAUGAAGUGAUCUCCAACCGUGCCAUCGAAAAUAUGGGAGGAAAUCUCGGAUCGAAGACGCCAGUUCAUCCUGAUGCCCAUGUUAACAUGUCUCAGACCGCAAACGCUACUUUCCAGUCUGCUAUGCAUAUCUCCGUCAGCAUUGAAAUCCACUCUCGUCUUCUUCCGGCUCUGAAGAAACUACGUGCUGCUCUCAACAGCAAGGCUGAAGAGUGCAAAGAUGACUUCAAGAUCGGACGGACCCACACUCAAGACGCCGUUCCACUGACUCUUGGACAAGAGUUCUGUACCUAUGUGCAACAACUCGAAAAUUUGAUCGCCCGUGUCGAGUCGACUCUCCCACAUCUCUGCCAACUCGUCGUCGGAACCGGACUCAACACCAGCAAGGGAUUCGCCGAGAAGCUCGCCACCACCGUCACCGAACUCACCAAACUCCGGUUUGUCAUAUCACCAAUCAAAUUCAAGGUUCCCGCAGCCCCAGACGCUCUUGCCGAGGUGCACAAAGCACUCACGACAGUAGCCGAAGUUUUCCUUAAAAUGGGAAGCUUCUUGGGAUCCGGACUAAGAUGUGGACUCGGAGAGCACUCGCUUUCAGAGGACGAGCCAGAAAACCUGAAUUCUCACCGCGAGGCCAUCACCAUUGUCGUCUCCCAGGUUUUGUGUAACCAAGGAGCUGUGACCGUCGGUGGAUCCAAUAUCAAAUUUGAGCAUGACUUCUUCAAGCCAAUCCUCGCCCGUACCGUGCUUCAUUCCACUCGUCUUUUGUCUGAAAGCGCUGACAGCUUCACCGAACAAUGUGUUAAUGGAAUCGUUGCCAACAAGGAGAAGACUGUCACGGUUGGUGAAAGCCCAUACAUGUUUAAGUUCCUCUAG